UCACACUGAGCCUGUCCCGCAUCGUGUCGCAUCGUCCUGCUCGCCUGCUCUGUCCAUCAGCCCUGUCUCCGCGACCAUCCGCCACACUGCUCUCUUGCACAGCCCUCGGGCUCGCCCGUCCAGCCAUGGCUGCCCCCAAGAAGGGCCGCCCUGCGAAUCUCACUCUGGAGGUAUCACGGCCCCACUCUAACACUGUAAUUGAGCUCGAAACACCCGUCGAGUACCACCCCGCGUCUGACCUCGACGACGAGCUUCUCCAGCUCUCCUCGCCGUCCUCGCCGUCCUCGCCCUCCUCAGACUCGUCCGAAUCACCCAUAGGAUACCCCGCGCACCUCGAGACCGACUCUGACACGACCUCUGACGAGUUCGCCAAGGAUCUUGCAGCCCUGGACCGCCUCCGUCGCAGCGUACAGAAGAAUCUCCGGCUCCGCCCGCUGCGCUCCUCGUCGUCAUCCAUGCAGAGUGCAUCACCCUCCGUCGCACACACCCGCCAGUCCUCCCCUUACACCGCCUGGUCAGACGCGUCUGACCGUCGCUCCCCGAGCCCGAGCGGCAGUGCCAGUCCUGCCAGUGUCUACUUCACCCCGCCAUCGAGCAGUCCCGCAAGCAGCAACCGGCACGCGGGCUCGACCCCGCUGUCUUGUCGCACGUCUGUCGGCUCCGACCGCCCACUGCUUGUAGACACGAGACCGGUCGCCUCUUACAUGGCCAGCCGCCUCGAACGCAGCAUCAACAUCGCUAUUCCAUCACUUAUUCUCAAGCGAUGUCGCAAACCAAAUGGUGGGUUCUCAGACCUCGACGCCUUGCGUCAAUACAUCACGACAGAGGAAGGCCAGCACAUAUGGGAUGACAUGAUGAAUAGCGGAGAUUGGGAUGGAGAACACAACUCGAUGGCGACCGCUUGGGCUCUUCUCCCCAUUGUGGAACCCCUUCUCAUCAUGGCAGGUCUGUUCCAGCUGGACGUUUCAUCCGCCAGUCGCUCUAGAAGUCUCCCCCAAGCCGAGCAAGCACCUGUCUCUCCCGCACCCUCAUGCCCUCCGCCAUCCACUCCUGGCAUGUCGCUGGGGAUUAUCAACACCCUCACCUCCGCCCUCACAGACGGUUUCACCCGUCCACCCCCACCACGGAGACCGAGCAUCCCGCAACUGGGCAAAAUCGACACAAGCUCCGCCGAGCGACUUAACGCAGGCAUGCCCCGACUUCAGGUCCGCACCCAGCCCGUGAAGGCCGCUACAUUAUCCGCGCCACCAUUGCACGGCUUCGAUACCACUUCGCUUCGUUCGCGCUCGCGCUCACCCUCGCAUCUGAACCUCUCAUUCUCCAAUCAUUCUCCACCAGGGUCGGCGCGCCUUUUGUCUUCGGGUUUAAACGGCUCGUUCGAACACUUACCACCACCCUCUCCUUCCUUAGCCACAGUAGCGGCGGCACACAUAGUCCCGGCACGCCUAUGCCACCGAGCACGUAGAGGAGCUCCUCUCUUUGGUGUGAAGCGGAUAUUGAACCUUGCUUUUGAGUGCGACGACGACCACGGGCUCCUCCUGCGCGAGCGGUUCGAGCGUUAUGUGCGAAUACCCAUGCGAGAUACGGUCGAGGAAGAUAACAUCACGCGUGGCGUCCGUGAGGUGUGCGAGCUUUUAGAUGACGCCCGGUUGCAUUCCGCCCCCACCUAUGUACAUUGCAAGGCGGGCAAGUCGCGCUCCGUAACGGCGGUCAUGGCCUACCUCAUCCACGCGAACCACUGGACACUAUCGAAAGCCUACGCCUUCGUGCUCGAGCGGCGGAAGGGCAUCUCGCCCAACAUCGGCUUCGUCUCAGAGCUGAUGACCUUCGAGGAGCAAGAGCUCGGCGGCAAGUCCGUCGGCGUCGUCAAGAUGACGCCUACAAGCGCGGAGGUGCCGAGCGAGGAGCCCGCAGGCACCUCGGCACGGGCGCGAACUACCAGGUCGCGUUGGGCGAGCCUGCCGCCCCUGUUUUCGCGCGAGCAGUCGUUCAACGUCGUGCCCGUGCCGAUAGCAGGUGAUACCGCCGCCAUUGGUGACUUGGGCCAGGAGAUGGAGAUCAAGGACGCCUCGGGGCGCUAUCGGCACGCACGACGGGCACCUCCGAUGCGACGCGUCAGCAAGGCCGGCCUGGAGAGCUCUGCGUACGCAUGA